AGCAUGCUCCUGGGCCAGGGUGGGAGCCGACCGUUGGUAUGCCCCUCCCCUCCCAGGCCUCACCCUCACCCUGGGGUACCUUGAACAUAACAGGAAAUUUCAAAUAACAGGAAACCAAGACCGGGCAAGUGUGCAGCUCCACCCUGCUUGGGGCCAGCCACCCUGGGCCUCACUCUGCCCUGGGGGACUGCCAUGAACAGCACGGGGUCCCUGGCGGAGGCUCUUGAGGCCUGCCAGCAGCUGGCGGCCGGUGGGCACAGCCAGCUCAUCAUCCUGCACUACAACCACUCAGGCCGGCUGGUGGGGCGGACCGGGUCUGAGGACAGGGGCCUGGGGAUCCUGCAGGGGCUCUUCGUGGCCAUAAGCUGCCUGGUGGUGCUGGAGAACCUUCUGGUGCUGAUGGCCAUCGUGACCCGCAUGCAGUCCCGGCGCUGGGUCUACUACUGCCUGGUCAACAUCACGCUGAGUGACCUGCUCACCGGCUUGGCCUACCUCGUCAAUGUCCUGCUGUCCGGGGCCCGAACCUUCCACCUGGCACCGGCCACCUGGUUCCUGCGGGAGGGCGUGCUCUUCAUGGCUCUGGCUGCCUCCACCUUCAGCCUGCUGUUUACCGCCGGUGAGCGCUUCGCCACCAUGGUGCGGCCAGUGGCUGAGAGCGGGAACACCAAGAAGGUCCGCGUCCUGGGCUUCAUCGGGCUCUGCUGGCUGCUGGCUGCCCUGCUGGGCCUGCUGCCCCUGCUCGGCUGGAACUGCACGUGUACCUUCCAGAACUGCUCCAGCCUGCUCCCGCUCUACUCCAAGGCCUACAUCCUCUUUUGUGUGGUCAUCUUUGGCUGCAUCCUGGCCACCAUCAUGGUGCUGUAUGGGGCCAUCUUCCGGGUGGUCCGGGCCAACAGGCAGACGGCCUCACGCGCCCCAUUGCGUCGCAAUGCCCGCCGGCUGCUCAACACGGUGCUCAUGAUCCUGGUGGCCUUCGUGGUCUGCUGGGGUCCACUGUUUGGCCUGCUGCUGGCCGACAUCUUUGGCUCCAACAUCUGGGCACAGGAGUACCUGAGGGGCAUGGACUGGAUCCUGAUGCUGGCCGUGUUCAACUCGGCCAUCAACCCGCUCAUCUACUCCUUCCGUAGCCGGGAGGUGUGCCGGGCUGUGCUGGGCUUCCUUUGCUCUGGGUGUUUCAGCCUGGGCUUGCGAGGGCCUGGGGACUGCCUGGCCCAGGCCGCCGAAGCCCACUCUGGAGCCUCUACCACCGACAGCUCACUGAGGCCCAGGGACAGCUUUCGGGGCUCCCGGUCGUUCAGCUUUCGGAUGCGGGAGCCCCUGACCAGCAUCUCCAGCGUGAGGAGUAUCUGAACCACAGCCGGGGAGGGUGGCCCAGCCGCCGGUGUGUGCCCACGCAGGCCCUCCUCCCGGCCUGCAGGAGGCCCAGGACGGGUGGCCAGCCUGGGAGCCUGCAGGGAGGCAGCAGGUGGCUGGGAUGGAGAGGA